AUGGUUGCUAUUUGCAUUAAUGGCUUAAACUGCUUCUUUAAAUUUCUUGCCUGGAUUUAUACGGGUUCAGCAAGUAUGUUCUCAGAAGCUAUACACUCAUUAUCUGAUACUUGUAACCAGGGUUUGCUAGCACUGGACAUCAGCAAGUCUAUUCAAACACCAGAUUCUUCUUACCCGUACGGCUUUUCAAAUAUGCACUAUAUUUCUUCAUUGAUUAGUGGUGUUGGUAUUUUCAUAAUGGGUGCAGGACUCUCUUGGUAUCAUGGAGUCAUGGGAUUGCUUCAUCCUCAACUAAUGGAAUCCCUCCUAUGGGCAUAUUGUAUUUUAGCAGGAUCUUUGGUGUCUGAAGGAGCAACACUUCUUGUUGCCAUAAGUGAACUUCGCAGGAGCGCUCAGGCCAAGGACACGUCAUUUUAUAAGUAUGUCAUGGAAACACUUGAUCCGAGUACAAAUGUUAUUCUGUUGGGGGAAGGUACAGCUGUUUUAGGAAUGAUAAUCACGGCUACCUGCAUGGGCCUUACCUCCAUAACAGGCAAUCCAUUGUAUGACAGCCUGGGUUCCUUGGGUGUGGGCGUCUUACUAGGCGUGGUCUCGGCAUUCCUCAUCUAUACUAGCACAGAAGCACUCCUAGGACGAUCUGCAGCUGAUCGACAUACUCACCCUGAGCCAGUAGAAAAGGGCUUGAUAUUCUAA